AUGCUGCAUUCUUUGGACCUCGGAACGGCGGACCGCUACUGCUGGGAUCCUUCAACCCUUGCUUUGGGGGUUUCGGUUCGACCACUUACGCGUCCCGUCCCGUCUCGUCCUCUCCCCUUGCACCUCGUCCGGACGGCACGUCGGCACGUCUCAGGCCUGCCUGUCCGCUUGCCAGCGGUGGGAGUGAAGCACACUCGACGCUUCUCUCCUCAUCGCUUUCGCUGGUCCGUCCGUCGUCCGUCGGUCCGACCGCUCACUGCAACUGACGCUUGGUUGACUAGCCCCAGACGCGGCCAAUGCAGCGCCCACGCACCGUUGAGGCAAGGAUCUAAGCGUCGUGUGGUGUUGUGUUGUGUUGUGUUGUGUUGUGAUGUGUCGCCAUUGCCUUCAGACCAAGCCAUGCUGUGUCAUUAUGAUCAAACCCUGCGUCGACCAUGCUCUCGCGGUGCUAUUCGAUCUGCUCCCGUUACGACCAGCUUGUUGGCGUCAAUCGCACCUUCGGCCAUCGCCUUUACUCUCCUCAAGCCUUGCGUCAUGAUUGAAGUGCGUCGACUUGGCACCAUUCUUCUAGGCCUCGCCAUCGGCUUCCUCAUCGUCGGCCUCGCCACCUCGAGCUGGAAAUGUGGCAACCUCUUCCAGCGCUACUGCACCAACGAGUCGGGCAUCGUUGCCGUGCUUGCACUCCUCCUUGUCGGCCUCGUCUGUCUUGUCGUCGUCUUCAUCCUCGACAUGAUCGCUCACUGCUCGGAUAUAUACUUCGCUAAUCCCAGCUACACUACGGCUCGCUUCAUCAUCCUCUACAUCGGAGCGGGCGCUGUCGUCAUCGCGAUCCUCAUCUACGCCAGCAGUCUCACCUCCUCGUGGUCCUACUUCAUGGCAACGGUUGGCAUGGUGUUUGCUGUUCAAGUGGCCAUACUGGCCAUCCUGGGCUCACGUUGCGUAACUCUGCACACCGAACGCGUGAUCGUUCGGACGACCCGUUAG